AGCUUUCAAUUGUGAAUUAAUUAUUUUUAGUUAUUUUUUCGAAGGAAAGUCCUUUGAAGUACUUUUUUUGGCGACCAUACAAAGAGAAGUAGUUACUAUUCCUUGUAGUUAUCAUUCCUAUAAUUUGAUCGCUUUCAAGAAAAUGUCAGCCCUUGUCGCCAUGCAGACAGGGAGGCUUGCCGAAGAUUUGGCAACUGAUGCUCUUAUGAAAAAACAGCAACUUGAGAUGGCCAAAAGUGACAAAGCCAAGAAGAAGAGAAGAAGAACAAGCAAAAAGCCGGUCUCAAAGAUCGUAUUCGGUAUGAAGCUCCCAAAAUGGUGGGUGAAUUUGAACAAAGGGGUCUUAGCGGAGUUUUUCCUUUUCUUAGCCAUCCAAGGGUUUGACAUUUUCACAAACUGCCUCGUCCUAAGUGAAGCUUUCCAAACCCAGGUCAGCCUACAAGAUGUAAAGUCUACGCCAAAUGUUACUAAACUAAACUUUACCGUGCCAAGUUUUUGCUCGUCUGGGGUGUUUUGGGGAAGAGAGAGAAUCGAUGAUGUCACCGAACAUUUUCAGCGAGUUUUUUACCUAUAUUGCUUUUUCCUUGCCAUCGCUAGCAUGAUUUUCACCCUGCAGAUUCUAAGUUGGGUAUACACAUUAUACCUCUCCGCACAAAAACGGGAACUAGGAGAAGAAGGAAGGGAGUUUUUAGUGAAGACAAAACUAUAUUUUCUUCUCGCUGCAAGUUUCUUCCAGGACAUCCCGAUGUCAUCAAUAACGGCCGAACUGUUUGCCUUGCAGCAAGGGAAUAGCGGGAUCGUCUGUUGGCUAUGUGCAAAGACAGGCGAAUGCUUAGACGAGAAAAUUCUCGACAGUAAGCUGGAUGCAAGUCAUCGACUUAUAAUUCUCAAUAUGGCAGCUAUCUGUAUAACGUCUCUGUGGAAGGGCAUAUCGAGUUUUUACCGCUGGAGUAGGGUUCCCAACUUUGAGAUGUUCUACAUCCGGGCAACCACGUCCGUUUUCGCUGGGGGCUUAUUCCUUAUCGUCAUUUUGACCCCUGCGAUGUCAGUGCUUACGUAUAGGUACUAUAAUCUUCCAGGCAUUACUGGCGGCAUAAUGAAGGACCUCAUUGAUAGGGUGUAUGUCAUAGGAGUCAUAUUUUGGGUGAUGGUGCUAGCAGUUUUAUUUUGCUGCCCCCUGUUGAAGUUGAUAAGGGUAGCAAGCUAAACACUCCUGAGUUUCGGAAAAGGGAAGAAAAUAAGAGAGUGAAAGAGUCAAUGAAAGAAUACGACAAGGAACGAAGAAAAAAAAUAAUUAAAGAAGACAAGAAAAAAAAGCAAGAAAAAGGAAU